AUGGCGGGGUUUGCAGGGAGGAGUGGGGACUCGUUGGGGGUCACACAGCUGGGGGCGACCCGCAGGAACAGUCGGGGGGAGGGGGGCAGGGAAGAGGGAGGGCCGCAAGCUUGGAGCCCCAGCGUGCCGACGCAGCCCCCGCUUCCCAGGCGCUACGCGCUUCUGCGCAUCGUGAACGUGGAGAAGCGCCGGGACUCCGCGCGCGGAAGCCGCUUCCUGCUGGAGUUGGAGCUGCAGGAGCGCGGGGGCGGCCGCCUGCGCCUGUCAGAGUACGUCUUCCUGCGACUGCCCGGAGCCCACGCGGGAGGCGCCGACGCCGACGGGGAGAGCCCGGAGCCCGCUCCCGCCGCCCCCACGCGCCCCGACGGCCGCCCCGAGCUCUGCCGGCCGCUGCGCCUGGCCUGGCGCCAGGAUGUGAUGGUACACUUCAUCGUGCCAGUGAAGAACCAGGCGCGCUGGGUGGCCCAGUUCCUGGCGGACAUGGCCGCGCUGCACGCCCGCACGGGGGACUCGCACUUCAGCAUCACCCUGGUGGACUUUGAGAGCGAGGACAUGGACGUCGAGCAGGCGCUGCGCUCUGCCCGGCUGCCCCGGUACCAGUAUUUGAGGCGAACUGGAAACUUUGAGCGCUCGGCGGGCUUGCAGGCUGGAGUGGACGCGGUGGAGGAUGCCAGCAGCAUCGUUUUCCUCUGUGAUCUGCACAUCCACUUCCCGCCCAACAUCCUGGACGGCAUCCGCAAACACUGUGUGGAGGGCAAACUGGCCUUUGCACCCGUGGUCAUGCGCCUGGGCUGUGGGAGCUCGCCGGGGGACCCGCACGGCUACUGGGAGGUGAAUGGCUUCGGCCUCUUCGGGAUCUACAAGUCAGACUUCGACCGCGUCGGGGGCAUGAACACUGAGGAGUUCCGGGACCAGUGGGGGGGCGAGGACUGGGAGCUCCUGGACAGGGUCCUGCAGGCAGGGCUGGAGGUGGAGCGACUCCGAGUGCGGAAUUUCUACCACCACUACCACUCCAAGCGGGGAAUGUGGGGCGCACGUGGCCGGAAGGGCUCCCGCACCGAGGGAUCCUGAAGACCAGGCAACCCCCUCCCAGCCCCUGGCCGCUGUCCCGUGGUGGGGGCUGGAGGCCGGGCCCUGAGCCCGGGCCCUGGGAACCCCGGCAAGGCUUAUCACAGGGGAAUGGCCACCACCUGUGCCUGGCCCAGCGAGGCCACCGCCCCCUUUGUGCCCCUCCCCAGAGAGGCAGCCUUCGCAGCCGGUUGGGGCCCGGGCUUGGUCUCCACACUCUGCGCGAUGAUUUCUGUGAAAUUUUGCUGUAGCGAUGACGUUGUUUUCAGGAUUUCCGAGAGUUCUGUCUGUUCCGUUUUUUAUUCAGAAUGAAAUGAAAUAUUUUUUUUAGUUC